AGUCGACAACUACUACUUAUACUGCCAUCUGAUGCGAGACAAUGGCUAACAAAGAGAUUUUUUUGUUGAUUAACUCUAAUCGUACGGACAUUGGAAUUAUCACCGAAUAACUGGUCCAUCAGAAAAUCGGUCGGUUUAUUGGUCAGUCAUUACCGGUUCAUACAAACACAUACCAGCUAUGGAUGACAUUGUCAUACGUCCGGAUGUGUUAAACAAAUUGAAAAAUCACCUAUCGGAUCAGUCAUAUAUGGACGCCAUAAAGAAUUCAUCGAAAUUUAAUGUCAGACUCGUCAAUGAGAGACGUCUUCGGCUGCCAUUUCUCGACUCGCAGACCGGUGUCGCGCAAAGUGAUUCCUAUAUAUGGGCCGAUAAAGUGGACCGAAUGCCCGGCCACACCAACGCUGAGCUCUACUCGUAUCCGGCCCGUCGAUGGAAGAAAAAGAGACGACAAUAUCUUAUGAAUGACAACUAUCUGAGAGAACGAAUCAAACGCGAGAUCGAAAUCAAUGGCGGCGAAGAAGUUGGUAACAGUACUGUCGAAAACAAUAGUCGACUGGAAUCGGCCGAGACGUUCGAGAAGAUUAUCGAAGAGUCAAAGGAGUCUUGGUUUCGGGACUUUGAUGACGGCAAUGAUAUGCCCGAUGCCGGCGAACUUGAUGAUCCCGAGUCUGAUUUUGAUGACUACGAAGAAUAUUCGGCCAGAAAGAAGAAGAAAAAGAAAGACACACCGAAAAGGAAAAGAGUCGAGUAUUCGGACGCAGAAAAACCAUUCUCGUGUGACGUUUGCGGCGCCCGAUAUAAGACACGUCCCGGUCUUUCAUAUCACUAUUCGCAUAGCCAUCAAAACGAUGGAUCAAAUGGUAGUUCGAACAGUGCAACGAACGCGUCGAACAACAACAUGUCUAGAGGUCCUAUGGAUGACGAAGACAUGCCAUACACACCACCCCGUCAGGUACAUCCACAACAACCACCACAGACAUUGCCUCAACAAUCAACACCUGUUUCUUCACUUCCACAGCAACAACAACAGACACUCACCAGUAUGACACCAUCAGCAGCAGCAGCACCKCAUACWAUGCCGCCAAUGCCAUCAUCAUCGCAAACUAUGCCACCACAACAUUCCUCAUCAUCAUUAUCAUUGGCUCCUAAUAAUAAUAGUAAUAGUAGUAGUAGUAGUGCUCCAAAGUCUGACGAUAGUGAAGGCUCAAAAGGCAGCAUUUCCGGUAAGCCAAUGGCCUCUCCGAGUCAGUACUGCGACUUUUGUUUGGGUGAUUCGGCCGAAAAUAAGAAGACAAAAAAUGCAGAAGAAUUGGUCUCGUGUUCUGAUUGCGGCCGAUCGGCUCAUCCGACUUGUCUUCAGUUUACCCCAAAUAUGGUUUUAUCUGUUGCCAAAUAUCGGUGGCAAUGCAUUGAAUGCAAGUCUUGCGGACUGUGCGGCACUUCAGACAAUGAUGACCAAUUGCUCUUCUGCGAUGACUGCGAUCGAGGAUAUCAUAUGUAUUGUCUCUCACCUCCACUAUCGGAACCACCGGAAGGCUCUUGGAGUUGUCAUCUCUGYAUUGAAGAAUAUCAUACACCGAAAAAGUGAUGAUUUAUAGUUAACCACAUCAACAACAAUACAAUAAUUUUAAAUUAGAAAUUUACAAACUUUUAAAAAACUAAAUUUAAUAAUCAUUUUAUAUAAUAUGAUAUACUCUUUUUAAAAAUUUUAUUUAAUGGGUAUAUUAGAGAAACAAAACAAAUAUAUAUAUUUUGCAUUCUUUAUAAUUUAUUAUUACCGGUAAAUAUAAUUUUAUUGAAACGUAUGUACAAUAAUAAUAAUAUAAUGUUGUCGGUAAAUGCUUUAGUGUGGGGUAUUCGGGGUAUACUUUACAUUAUACCUAUUGCCAUAUAUACUGUAUACACUAUACCAUCAAAUAGUGAUUGUUGAUCACAAUAAUUGUUAUUUAUCGGUAAUAAUCUCAACAUACGCUCAAUGAAACAGCUAAUUAAAAAACACCGAAUCAAUGAUUGAUUAGUUGAUAUAUAAAAUCUAUAAUCUUAAAUCUUAAUAAUAAUAAUUAUUAUUUAUUUUUUCGGGUAAUCACUUGUAAUAUUUAAUGUAUAAUUUACAACAAAAAUAAAGUGUGUGUUGUUUUUCAGUACAAUUUUAAUAUAUUAUAUCUCGUGACGUAGUAUUAGUGACAAAGUCACAGAAAUUGAAUGGUCGCUAACUGCG